AGGGUUAAGAUCGUUUUACACCUGAGCUCGCGCAUCUCAGAGUGUUAAAGGGAAUAUAAAUAUUAAUAUAUAACCGGGAGUUUGGAUGUGAAUCGUUUCUCCUCUGCGGAAUUUAAAAGGCGAGUGGUUGCCAUGACGACAGACAAAGCCAAUAAUGGACAGAAGAAGCAGGUCUGUGAGCAGCAACAGGAAGAUGGAGAGGCUGUCGUACAAGAGCCUGACCCUAUUGAACCCCUUCUGGAUGGACCCUCUGGCUCACCGCAGACCCCCAGGGGUUCGGAGGAGGGAGAGCGGAGCAAACCACGCCAGCGGAACUCAGCCGGCCGUGGCCUCUCGCGCCUGUUCUCCUCUUUGCUGAAGCGCCGUUCGCAGUGCUCUGAGGACGAGGGGAUAAGGGUGGAAGAAUGGCAAGAGAAAGAGGGCCACCUGGAUCCCAAAGCUCCCAUCGCGGACCCCGAACCCGAGCUGCGCAAUGAAGGGGAUGCAGCACUAGACCUGCACUCCAUUAGCAGCGCUGAGAACCAGGUCAGAGUCGACCAAAAAGACACCACAGAGGGUGAAGAACAAAAGGUGGAGAAACGAGAAAAGAAAGGAAAGAAGCAAAAGAAGGAAGAGAUGAAUAAAAACAGGGACAAGAAAAAGAAAACAGAGAAAACGAAAAAUGCAGAGAAAGAGGAAAGAAGGAAGGAAAAGAAGGAGAAGAGGAACAAGGACAAGAUGCAGAAAGAAGAAGGAAGGAAAGAGAAGGAGAAUGAAAUAGAAGAGGAGAAAGAGGUAGGGGAGCUAGUCAUGUCUGGGGAGGAGGAGACGCAAGCAGCAGGAGCGGGGAAAAGAGAGGGAGAAGGAGAAGGAGAGAGGAAAGAGAAGACUGCGGAGGAAGAAGUAAAGGUCCUUAAAGGUCAGCGCAGACCCAGGAUCAUGCACUGCAAAGUCACACUGCUGGAUGACACACUUUUCGAGUGUGAACUAGAUAAACACGCUAAAGGUCAGGAGCUGUUCGCGAGAGUGUGUGACCACCUGAAUCUGCUGGAGAAGGACUACUACGGCCUGGCGGUGUGGGAGACUCCAGCUGUGAAGACGUGGCUCGACUUCACCAAGGAGAUCCGAAGGCAGGUUCGAGGCGUCACCUACGACUUUACAUUCAGUGUGAAGUUUUACCCACCUGAUCCAGCCCAGUUAUCGGAGGACAUCACCAGGUACUACGUGUGUCUCCAGCUCCGUAAGGACAUCAUGAGCGGUCGUCUGCCCUGCUCGUUUGUCACUCUGACGCUGCUGGGCUCGUACGCACUGCAGUCUGAACUGGGCGAGUACGACCCCGAGGUCCACGGCACAGACUACGCCAAGCAGCUCAGACUUAUCCCAAACCAAACCAAGGAACUGGAGGAGAAAGUCAUAGAGCUCCAUCGCACAUACAGAUCCAUGAGUCCUGCUCAGGCUGACAUGAUGUUCUUGGAGAACGCUAAAAAGCUUUCUAUGUAUGGCGUCGAUCUGCACCCGGCCAAGGAUCUGAAUGGGGUGGAUAUCAUGCUGGGUGUCUGCUCCAGUGGGCUCAUGGUUUAUAAAGACAAGCUGAGGAUUAAUCGUUUCCCGUGGCCAAAGGUGCUUAAAGUCUCCUACAAACGCAGCAGCUUUUUCAUCAAGAUACGGCCGUCUGAGCUGGAGCAUUAUGAGAGUGCCAUUGGCUUCAAGCUGCCCAAUUACAAGGCCUCUAAGAAGCUUUGGAAGGUCUGUGUAGAACACCAUGCCUUUUUCAGGUUAACAUCCUCUGAAGCUGCCACCACACCCAGGAAGCUCCUGGCCCUGGGCUCCAAGUUCAGGUACAGUGGGCGAACUCAGGCUCAGACUCGGCAGGCUAGCUCCAUGAUCAACCGGCCUGCACCCCACUUCAAGCGCUUUGCCAGUAAGAUGGCUUCUCACAGCCUAGACGGAGCCAUGGUGUCCAGCUUAAAUAAGACGGCGCGUCCUGUCAGCGCUCCCAUCAUGUCUCCGAUCUCCAUUGGCGAUGCAGUUCCUUCUCCUGUGGUGACAUCAGCCGUACAGGUGGAGCACAAAAACGUAGUGACGCCCACGAGUCCAGGAUCUCAGUCAGGAGAGGACAAGCUUGAGGUAAAGGCCGAGAGCUGUGUGAGCGGGACCUUCAAAAUGCAAAGUGUUGCACACGAGGACACAUCGGAGUUCAAGAUGGUUGUGCGGCGCGAGUGGCGGCACCGCGACGCCCUGGCAGUGACGACCACUAAACGGGAGAAAAAGAGUCAGCACCCACAAGCGAUGGUGCGAACACGCAAGAAAAGAACUAAGAAACCUGACGGGGAAACACUUUAUACCAGACACAGCAAUUUAAUGCUGGAGGAUCUGGAUAAGACCCAGACGGGGAUCAUGCGUCACCACAGCAGUAUCAGUGAGCUCAAGCGCAGCUUUAUGGAGUCGGUCCCCGAGUCACGGGUCAGCGAGUGGGACAAGCGCCUGUCCACACACUCUCCUUUUCGCACCGCCGGCAUCAAUGGCCAGAUGCAGCCAGAUGUGACUCCUAUGGUGAAGACAAACACAGUCACCAAAUCCCCGAACAGCGAAACUGCCACCAAGGAGGGUCCGAUAGUGCACACCGAGACUAAGACCAUUACGUACGAGUCCGCUCAGCCGGACGAGAGCGUAGGGAUGCUGCUCAAUGCACAAACCAUUACCUCAGAGACUCUGAGCACCACGACCACUACGCAGAUCACCAAGAUGGUGAAAGGAGGAAUCUCAGAAACCAGGAUCGAGAAGAGGAUUGUGAUCACAGGCGACUCUGAGAUCGACCACGAUAAGGCUUUGGCUCAGGCGAUAAAGGAAGCGAAGGAGCAACACCCGGACAUGUCUGUUACUAAAGUAGUAGUGCAUCAGGAAACCGAAAUCACCCCCGAGUAAAAAAAAAAAAA